GAGGCUGGGGGGCCAUGGCCGAGCUACAGCAACUGCAGGAACUUGAGAUCCCCACGGGCCGGGAGGCCCUGCGGGGCAACCACAGUGCCCUGCUGCGUGUCGCCGAUUACUGCGUGGACAACUAUGUGCAGGCCACAGACAAGCGGAGGGCGCUGGAGGAGACCAUGGCCUUCACCACCCAGGCUCUGGCCAGUGUGGCCUAUCAAGUAGGCAACCUGGCCGGACACACUCUACGGAUGCUGGACCUACAGGCGGCCUCCCUGCGGCAGGUCGAAGCCCGUGUGAACACGCUGGGCCAGAUGGUGAGUAUGCAUAUGGAGAAGGUGGCCAGAAGGGAGAUCGGCACGUUAGCCACUGUCCAGCGGCUGCCCCCUGGCCAGAAAGUCAUCGCCCCCGACAGCCUCCCUCCCCUCACGCCCUACUACCGGAGACCUCUCAACUUUGGCUGCCUGGACGACAUUGGCCAUGGGAUCAAGGAUCUGAGCACGCAGCUGUCGCGGACGGGGACCCUCUCUCGAAAGAGCAUCAAGGCGCCUGCGACGCCUGCCUCCGCCACCCUGGGGAGGCCACCGCGGAUCCCGGAGCCGGUGCAGCUCCCGGUGGUGCCCGACGGCAAGCUCUCCACCGCCUCGUCUGCCUCUUCCCUGGCCUCUGCAGGCAGCGCCGAAGGUGUGGGUGGGGUGUCCGCGACCAAGGGGCAGGCAGCACCCCCACCCCCACCUCUCCCGAACCCCGUGGCUCCACCUCCUCCACCGGCCACCACCGAAGUCUUCCUGCCGCCCCCUCCGCUGGAGGAAGUGUCCCUGCCCCUGCUGGCACCAGAGCUGCCCCUGGACCUGCCCCCUCCUCCACCCCUGGACGUCCAUGAGCUGGGACUUCCACAUCUGCCCCCACCAGGCUUCGGGCCAGAGGAGCCUAGCUGGGUCCCUGCUGCAUACCUGGAGAAAGUGGUGACGCUGUACCCAUACACCCGCCAGAAGGACAACGAACUCUCCUUCUCUAAGGGCACCGUCAUCUGCAUCACACGCCGCUACUCCGAUGGCUGGUGUGAGGGCGUCAGCUCGGAGGGGACUGGAUUCUUCCCAGGGAACUACGUGGAGCCCAGCUGCUGACACUCUGGGGCUUUCUGAGCUCCUGCCCGGAGCACUGCGCUGCGAGCCUCUUGAGCUCCAGUGCAAAGUCAGCUCCAGAGUCAAGGCGGGACCCGGCCUGCCCACCUGUGAGCUGUGCCCGCCCCUUCCCCCUCCUUUCGGUGGUGGGAAGGGGUCCUGGGGAGCGAAGGGAUGUAUCCGAAGGCCUGCCGCAGACAGGAAAGAACCGGAAGCCAAGGACUUUGGUGAUCUUGUCCACAGAAGACCCACUCUUCCAUGCAGCAUUGAGUGCCAACUUUGAAUAAAACUCUGAUGACCUCCUGGUGAUUGCCCCGCAGGGCUGGGGGGCCAGAGAGGAGGGAGUUAAA